GCCACCUGCGACAGGUGGAGCGCGCGGGGCGCCCAGCUCGGCCAUGUCCGCUGAGAGCUCGGGGCCGGGGCCCGAGACGGGGCCCGAGCCAGGGUCUGAGACGGGGUCCCCCCAGCCGGGGCCGCUCUGCCCCGAGCACGGCCAGGCUCUGAGCUGGUUCUGCUGCUCUGAGCGACGACCCGUGUGCGCCGCCUGCGCGGGACUGGACGGCCGCUGCCAGGGGCACCGCAUCCGCCGGGCGGAGGAGCGCGCGGAAGAGCUGCGGAACAAGAUCGUGGACCAGUGUGAGAGGCUGCAGUUACAGAGUGCUACCAUCACCAAGUAUGUGGCUGACGUCUUGCCAGGGAAGAACCAGAGAGCAGUGAGCAGGGCCAGUGCAGCGCGGGAACUGGUCAUCCAGCGGCUGGGUCUGGUGAGGAGUCUGUGUGAGAGCGAGGAGCAGAGGUUGCUGGAACAGGUGCAUGGCGAAGAGGAGCGGGCCCACCAGAGCAUCCUGACGCAGCGAGUACACUGGGCCGAGGCGCUGCAGAAGCUCGACACCAUCCGGACCAGCCUGGUGGACAUGCUCACCCAUCUGGAUGACCUCCAGCUAAUUCAGAAGGAGCAGGAGAUUUUUGAGAGGACGGAGGAAGCAGAGGGCAUUUUGGAUCCCCAGGAGUCGGAAAAGUUAAACUUUAAUGAGAAGUGCACUCGGAGCCCACUACUGUCCCAGCUCUGGGCGACAGCCGUUCUCUGGUCCCUCUCAGGCAUGGAAGACGUGCGUAUCGACGAGAGGACUGUCAGCCCCUUCCUGCAACUGUCAGAGGACCGAAGGACCCUGACCUUCCAUGCCAAGAAGUCCAAGGCCUGGGCAGAUGGCCCGGAGCGCUUUGACCACUGGCCCAAUGCCCUGGCCACCACUUCCUUCCAGGCUGGGCUGCACGCCUGGGUGGUGAACGUCCAGAACAGUGGUGCCUAUAAGGUGGGCGUGGCCUCAGGCCAGCUGCCCCGCAAGGGUUCCGGCAGCGACUCCCGUCUGGGCUACAACGCCUUCUCCUGGGUCUUCUCCCGCUACGACCAGGAGUUCCGUUUCUCACAUGAUGGGCAGCACGAGCCCCUGGACCUGCUGCGGUGCCCAUCUCAGCUGGGGGUGCUGCUGGACCUGCAGGCCCAGGAGCUUCUCUUCUAUGAGCCGGCCUCGGGCACGGUGCUACACACCCACCACGCGUCCUUCCCCGGGCCCCUCUUCCCAGUCUUUGCCGUGGCCGACCAGACCAUUUCCAUCAUCCACUGACCUCUGGCCGUGGGGAGGCCAGGUCGGCCUCCCUACCGCCCUUUCGGGCCAUGUUUCUACCCAAUGUCUUUUUCCCAAACAUUGCCUGUGUCCAAUGGGCAGCUUUAGGAGGGCAUCUGGGUACAGCCACUCCAUGCUGGAUAUCGGUGGGGAACCUGCUGUUCCCCAGCCUUGGUCUCCCCAGCCUACACAUCUGUUCCACUGGUGGUGUCUUGUUUGCCACUGUAUCUCUAACAUCCAGCACGGUGCCUGGUGCAUAAUGAAAGUGCAAUAAAUAUUUGGCAAGCGAGUGGAUGGAUGGAUGGAUGGAUGGACAGGUGACGGAGCGCUGCCUCCAGUAGAUGCCAUUCUCUGGCAGAAUAGCCUAUGGCUGAAGCUCUUUCAUCCCCUCAAUUCACUGCUCCUUAGUCCUUUUCAUGACAUGGCACACAGAGAAAAUAUUUUUUCUAGCACACAGGAAAACCUGCAGGGGAGUUAUUACUCCUGCCAGGCUGUGGUUGGCCACAGGACUCUGCCUGGGGGCUGUGUCCUCUGCCAGACCCUGCCUGGCCACUCGGAACACUGAAGGGAUCCUGUCCAGGUGACCUGCCCACAACACACCUGUCGGCAGCCCUGCCUGAGACUAGGCAGAGCUCCAGUCCCUGCCUACCCGGGGCAACAGGGAUGAACUUUUCUCCCCACUGCAGCUGAUGAAUGGCCCCACCUAGUGCCUUCUCUGACAUAAUGUGAAGACCUGCAGUGAGGCCUUCAAAGAAACAGCUGAGGGACAAGAGGGCCAGCCUUGGGGAACAUGGACAUUAUUAAAGGUUUUCAAAGACUGCAAAA